CACUCACAUGGAAAACCCACUUCUCUUCUUCACUGUCAUUGCUGCCACGUCAGCAUAUCUCCUCUGGUUCUACCUCUUAGCCCGCCGCCUCACCGGUCCACCUGUCUGGCCUUUCGUGGGCAGCCUCCCGGUUCUUUUCCUGAACCAGCGCCGCUUCCACGAGUGGAUAUCCGAAAAUCUCCGCUCCACCGGCGCCGCCGCCACGUACCAGACUUCCACCAUCUGUGUACCUUUUCUUGCAAGUAAACAAGGGUUUUACACAGUCACUUGUCACCCGAAAAACAUCGAACACAUUCUCCGAACCCGGUUCGACAACUACCCGAAGGGUCCGAUUUGGCAAACCGCCUUUCAUGAUCUUUUGGGUCAAGGCAUUUUCAACAGCGACGGCGAGACGUGGCUUAUCCAGCGCAAAACCGCCGCUCUCGAGUUCACGACCCGGACUCUCCGACAGGCCAUGGCUAGGUGGGUGAACCGGACCAUCAAGACCCGGUUAUGGCACAUUUUAGCGAAAGCAUCAACCGAAAAUAUUGCUGUAGAUUUACAAGAUUUGUUGCUUCGUUUAACUUUUGAUAACAUUUGCGGACUCACAUUCGGGAAGGACCCGGAAACGUUAUCCCUCGAUUUACCCGAGAACCCGUUUGCAAACGCAUUUGAUUCCGCAACCGAAGCCACUCUUCAACGGUUACUUUACCCGGGUUUUCUAUGGCGGUUGAAGAAGAUACUGGGGUUCGGAGCCGAAAUGAGGUUAAAAAAGAGCCUCGACGUAGUCGAAAACUACAUGACCGAGGCUCUGGAAGCUCGGAAAGAGUCUCCGUCAGACGAUCUCUUGUCUCGUUUCAUGAAGAAACGAGACAUAGACGGAAAUCACUUUCCGAGCUCAGUCCUCAAGCGAAUCGCUCUCAAUUUCGUCCUCGCAGGACGAGACACGUCGUCAGUCGCUCUCAGCUGGUUCUUCUGGCUCGUCAUGAACAACCCAAGUGUCGAACAAAAAAUCAUAAAUGAAAUAGUAAAUACCUUAAAAGAUUCGCGCGAUCCCGAUGAUCCUAGAACAUGGUUCGAAGAGCCUCUGUCCUUCGACGAAGCCGACAAAUUGAUUUAUCUUAAAGCGGCAUUGGCCGAGUCGUUGAGAUUGUACCCUUCGGUACCGGAGGAUUUCAAGUACGUCGUAAACGACGACGUUUUGCCCGACGGAACGAAAGUGCCGGCCGGUUCGACCGUGACGUACUCGAUUUAUUCUGUGGGAAGGAUGGAGACUAUAUGGGGAGAGGACUGUUUGGAGUUUAAACCGGAGAGGUGGUUGUCGGAGCGGGGAGACCGGUUCGAACCGCCAAAAGAUGGGUACAAGUUUGUGGCGUUUAAUGGCGGUCCGAGGACUUGUCUCGGGAAGGACUUGGCUUACCUGCAAAUGAAGUCAGUGGCUUCGGCUGUGCUGUUGCGUUACCGGCUAUCACUGGUUCCCGGUCACCGGGUCGAACAGAAGAUAUCCCUGACUUUGUUCAUGAAGCAUGGGCUUCGUGUGUAUUUGCAUCCACGUGACCUGGCAGCUCCUGGGUUAUCCACGUAUGCAUAAGUGGAGGGCUUUUUCGUCUUAAAGGCUUUUUCAGGUGGUGCGUUGAAGGGAAAUUGGUAAUUUAAUUUGUAUUUACUUUCGUUAUAUACAUUUCCAUCAAAGUGUUUGCUUUUUGGUUGGGGUGGUUCAAUUUGAGCAUGGUCGUUGGUCGUACACAGGAGGGUAUUAUAGUAAAUGGAAAAGGUUCUGUUUUUUAUCCAAAAUAUUUAUAGAUAUGGGUUUUCUUUUAUUUGUCGAUAAUAAUAAAACAUAAAUAUACAUGUUCUUAUUUUUAA